GGAUGUAAGGUCAUAGGUUAGGCGCGAAAGGUCAUGUUUGCAGCCAGAGGUCAUCAGAGACACACAACGAGUUGGCAGGGGGAGAAAAAAAAUGGAAGUGUCCUACAGACAUGCAGCUCUUUUCCUCAGGCACGCGGUUCUAGCGAGCAGAACGGUACAGCACACGAGAUGUCUCUGCAGUUCCAGGAGUAUAAGCACCGUAAAGCUCGCGUGUGAUACCUACGGCAAAAGGACAAACAACACAUCCCCCCUGGUCAUUCUUCAUGGGCUCUUCGGCUCCAAGCAGAACUGGCAUACUAUAGGCAGGAACUUGAGUAGGAAGAUCGACAGACAGAUAAUCGCCAUAGAUAUCCGUAACCACGGUGAGAGCGAGCACAGUGAUGUUAUGGACUACCCGUCCAUGGCGGCGGACGUGGCGGCUACCAUGAAGGAGGAGGGGGUGGAACGGGGCAUCCUGAUUGGCCACAGCAUGGGUGGCAAGGUUGCCAUGACCUUAGCCCUUCAGGAGGCAGGGCUCGUGGAGAAGUUGAUCAUUGUCGACACCACGCCGACCACGUCCGCGGGAAAGCAAGUCUUCCCCAAGAUCAUCGAAGGAAUGAACAACGUGAAGUUUCACACGGAGUGGACCCUGUCCAAGACGCGCUCUGAGGCCGACAAGACGCUCCUGAAGACCAUUCCUGACCUGGGAGUGCGCCAGUUCAUCCUGACCAACCUGGUUGAGGACGACAACGGCUGGUUCAGCUGGCGUGUGAACAUCAACGCCAUCCAGGCGAACCUGGAACAAAUCUGGAGCUUCCCGCAGUUCAAACACGUCAGUUACCAUGGUGACACGCUCUUCCUGGGAGGCAGCAAGUCCCCAUAUAUAAGCGAGUCUCACUACCCUGAGAUCAAGAGGCUGUUCCCCAAGGCCCUGGUGACGCACAUCCCAGACUGCGGACACUGGGUGCACUCAGAGAAACCCAAGGAAUUCAUGGAGGCGGUCACCGACUUUAUCCGCAAGUGACGCGCCACAGAACUUGUACAGUUUUCCACUUCCAUGUGGGUGCACAUUUUCACUGCUGCAUCUACAUGUUUCAGAAAGUUCUGAUAGUUUCAGAAAGGAAGUUUGUUUACUUACUUCCAGUAGGAUGAUAGUUAAUGGACUUUUUGACUACAUGUAUGUCAAGCGGUAUACUGUUAUGUAGAUAGGCGAGAGUACACGACAUGUGUAUGAAUUAUUGCCGCAUUGUCUCGAAAGCCAGUUCACUUGAAACUCUAUCCUGAUAUCACUUAAGAAUGACAUAAGACUCCACAUUUCAAUUUGUUUGCUAUAAGCUUCUGUUGAAGCUUCGUAGUUAUAAGGUGUCCAGGAAUAAGUAAAUAUCUUGAUAUAAUAAUUGUGAAGGUCGCCCUGUAAGUGCCAGAUAGAUGUAGUCAGGUGUAUUUCUCCGGGGGAUUUGGCAACGUUGUUAGGAAAACAUUUUGUAGUUAGUUUAGAACAGUGAUAGUCAUGCCAUACUACAGCCAGGCUUGUACAACAGUUGUCAUCACCAUCUAGUUUCUUUCUCAAGCUGGGAGGAAGGACAUGUACACAUUGUGGCUAGAGACUUUUUUAAAGCUAAAACAUCUAAAGUCUAUGUUUCUGUAUUUCUUCAAACAGACAAAACUAUAUCCAGGGUCAAACUGUUUCUGGAUGGGCCAGGAAGGACCGAAAGGUAACCAGGAUAUUCUGGAAAGAACAAAAUUGGCUCUCAAGAAAUUUGACAGAUGAAUGCAGAAGAGAUGAAUUUCAGCAAUACCUGGUGGUCAAAAAGAGGAGCGACAUGUUUACGCACACUUCAGUUCUUCCUGGUCCAUCCCUUAUGUAGUGUGCACAAAUCUAACUCAGUCUAUAUGCUUUGAGGGCAUGUGCAGUAUAUGAAGUUCAUUUCAUUUCAUUUAUAAGACAGUUUAAAAGUAAAUAAAGGGUUUGUGUAUCUUCUAGGUGACAGCUUAAGUUCUUAAGUAGGGUUCAAAUAGCCCGGACUAGUUUGUAAGAAAGUCUACUUGUUGUUGUUCCAUCAAAAUGGAUUACAUUUGUCAAAAAAAUGUUACCUUUAAUGCUUUGCGUAAUUAGAAUGCAUUUCAUGAAGAUGAUUUCUUGUAUUCUUAAUAUGACUUGAAGGUUGGAAGGACAGAACUAUUGUUAGUGAGUUAUCAACAGAUUAAUGAUAACUACAUGUUUGAUGAUCUUUUGGAGUGCUACAAGCCACGUUCUAAAUGCUGUUGCCAAUAUGAUUGGCAACUUGAAAAGCUCAAACUCAUUGUAAUAUCCGUCAGUCCAACCUGAUAAAACUACUGCACAAUGUCAUAGACAGGGUAUAGAGAACAGUAGAGUAGUUAAGAUACUUUUAGUGUUUUUCUUGCAAGGAUGAGUAAGGUUCAUUGCAAGUGUUGAGUUGAGGCUCAUUAAUUGUUCAGUGGUCAAACAAACUCUGCAAAAAGCUGUGGUUUGAAUAAAAAUGUUGUUUAGAUACAAUAUAGAACAUUUGAGACAAAAAGUUGUGGUCUUGAUUUGUUCUUGAAUUGAACUGUUUUUGAGAUGAAAUAUAGAACAUUUGAGACAAACA